AUGCCACCUGCCAGGGCCCACAACAAUCUUCUCCCGAGGACUGUGUUUCUCGAUUUUGGCGAUGAGCCACACCCUGACAAGGCAUAUCGAGGAUACGCGAUCGGUAGCCCUCUUUCCUCCAUCGCCGCACAACCUUACUUCUUCUCCCUUAUUCAAUCGCCGACUCAACUCGAGUACUACUGCCGAUUCCUUGAUCGCCGACACGAUCUACACCCUCCUCAAGUCAAGACCUACGACCAAGACAGAAUCCAUUCAUUUGGAAUAGCCGGGUCCAGCAUGACCUUAAAAUACAAUUUCAAGGGGUGGUAUAGAGGCGCAAAUUCUCACGGCAUGAUGAUUGGCACGAUGGUGUCAAAGCUGCUGCUCGACAAGGGCGCGGACCCUACCGUGUCCAACGCCUUCGGCAUGCAGCCUGGUCGUGUGGCAGAUGAAGAUCCGGCCAACGGCCGCGGCCGUGUUCUGCGUGUCGAGGGCCCUGAACACAUAGUCACUCAGGCCAAUUUGGAAGUCUUCUGGGGCCAAUCCAUGUAUUAG